AGAAGCUGGCCUUGAAGACCUACUGUCCAUUCCUAUGUAAAGUCGUUACUGAAUGUCCGUGACGUGUUUCUCGACCUAUUCAAUCAUUUCAUGUCAACCCCGUAUAGUAAUGCUACGCGACAGCUCAAGGAUGCUCGUCGACCACCACCAGGCUUUUUUAAUGACGUGCAAGACGGUGUUCACUCUUCCGCAAUGCGGCGUAUCCAUCUCCGUUCAUCUGCAGGCGACCACGCUUUCGCAUCCUCUUUGGCGAAUCCACGUGCGCUCCUUGGUCACUUUUCAACGCUCCUCUGCUUCUCUCACUCCGACACCAACGAAGCAACCGAACUCCAGCAACACCCCAGGCGAACUUUCUUUCUCGUCGCGGUUCUCUUGUCGCUCAAGUUGAGGUUUCUGCAGUACAGGAAAAACGGGCAUUGUUUGUUGCUCCGCGUCGUGACAAGCCGAAACGAACACAGCAGCAAGGCCAAGUCCAGGCGCCGUCAUCGCAAUCUCAGCCUGCCGCCGCUUCGACAUCCGCAACAGUCCCUGCUUCUGCUGCCAGUACUGCCACGCCGGAUCCAGCAUGCACGCUGUCACGACUCCUCCCGUUGCGGGCUCGUUUCGUGCUUUUUCUCUGCUGUGCAUAUCCCCCGCACGCCAACGGUCAUCAAUAGCGACAGCAUGCGGCCAACUACUUUAUCUUUUCUUUUAUAUCUUCCACUUCUAGGACUUCUUCAACGCUAUGCCGUGAAGCAUCCUCGAAAGUGGUUGCUAGAAAAGUGUCCUUGGGGGGGCAACACGAAGGUCAUCUCCUCGCGUUCCUGUCAUCCCGGGGCCGUCAGCAUCAUUCCUGUUUCGUAAAUCCCGACUUACAAUUGUAAUUGAUGCUGAACUCCGUGCUCUUCGUCGUGGAUGCACGCCACGUUGUAGAGUUACCGGAACAAGGACACACUCGAGUGAUCUGGACCCAGAUAGCACGAUCUGCAUUCCUCCUGAUGUUCAUCAUCACCCAACGGGGUUGGACCUUUGCGCGAAUAUCACGGUUGCCAAAUUGGGAUGACCUUAUUGUCCAAGCCCCUCCCGGGAGUUGUCCUACUCAUCGGAAUGAUCGCUGCUCACACGAUAUGAUCUCAUAUGAAUUCGCUAUGUCAGCUUG